AUGCAACCCAAUGAAAUUGAUUCAAGUGUAAUUAAUUUAAUUCAAUCUUGUAUUGAUAAAUCUUAUAUUAAACUUCAAACAAAUACAAGCAUUAUUGAUGAGCCUGAAUUUUCAACUAAAGAAUAUUCAUAUUUUGAUCGUUUUAAAUUUAUUUAUCUUCAAUCAAUGUCAUGGAGUUAUUCAACUGUUACUUUGCUUGUAAUUUUAAUUACAUAUUUAGUUGAAAUGACAUAUAUAGUAAAAGAAAAAACAAGUGGAUCAAAUGUAUUGAUGUCAUUGAAUGGAGUUGAUAAUUGGUUGAAUUUAUUGAGUUGGCUUGUCACUGGUGUCAUUUGGAACAUGCCAUUGGUGGUGACAAUUGUAUUGUUGCUUAAAUAUUCAUGGGUAUCUGAUGUACAUUUAUUUCUAACAAAUGGAAAUACAAUUGUUGUGAUUUUACUAUUACUAUUACAUGUCAUACAUCUUUUUUGUUUUGGAUAUCAUGUAGCAUCUUAUUUCAAUGAAGGGGUUGGAAUUGGCUUUACAAAUAUGUUUUUAAUUGAAUUUGAUAGAAAGCCAUUUGAAGCAUCAAUUGGUAUGAUAAUGAUACUGUCAAUAUUCGCAGCAAUGUUUCAUUUUUUCAUGGCACUAUACAUUCAUGCAAUUUUACCAGAUAAAUAUGGUGUAAAAUGUCAUCCAUUUGGAUGGUUUUUAAAUAAAAAUAAAACAGAAAAUAGUCAAAUUCAACUGGACUCUGAUGAACUUGAACAGAAUGAAGAUUUUGAAAAAAUUCCUGCUGGUAGUCUUGUAGCAGGAGUACAAAUUAGAGGCCUUGAAAAAAAUUAUAAUACAGGGUUAAUUAGAAAAAAUGAAUUUCAUGCAUUAAAAGGAGUGUCAAUGGAUUUUUAUCAUGGUGAAAUAACAGCAUUACUUGGUCACAAUGGAGCUGGUAAAACAACAAUGAUGUCAAUACUAUCAGGAUUAAUUGAAUCAUCAAAUGGAGUUGUUAUAAUUAAUGGAAAAAAUAUUCUAGAUGAUAAUGUUAUUAAUGAUAAUGUUGGUCUUUGUCCUCAAGUUAAUAUAACAGUUCCAGAUUUAAAUGUUUAUCAACAAGUUUUAUUUUUUGCUAAGCUACGAGGUAAAAAUAAAACUCCAGCACAAAUUAAAGAUGAUGUUGAUAAUUUAAUAUCAAAAGUUAAUUUACAAGAUAAAAAAAAUUGCAUACCAGAUCAAUUAUCUGGUGGACAAAAGAGACGUUUGUGUUUGGCAAUGGCUGUGAUUGGUGAUGCAAAUGUAUUAAUUUUUGAUGAACCAACAUCAGGACUAGAUGCUGAAAGUAAACGUGAAGUUUGGGAUAUUAUUUUAGCAUUAAAAAGUGACAAGACAAUAUUAAUUAGUACACAUGAUAUGGAAGAGGCAGAUAUUCUUGGUGAUAGAAUUGCCAUAAUGCAUUCAGGUAGACUUAGUAGCUAUGGAAGUUCUAUGUUCUUGAAAAAAUAUCAUGGAAAUAAUCAAGUAGAAGUUAGUCUUUCACUUGAACCUGAUUGCGAUACGUCCAAGAUACUUGAAUCAAUUUGUGACAAUGUUAAAAUUUUAAAUCAACGAAAUAACACAAUUGUUUUAGCAAUUCCCAACACUCAGUCACUUCCUGAAGUGUUAGAUAAACUAGAAAAUACAAAAAAACAUUUAGGAAUUACUGGUAUAAGUGCGUCAAUAAUAAGUUUGGAACAAGUUUUUGUUAAAGUUACUAAUGAACAUGAUGAUAAUAUUGAUGAAAAAAACAAUGAAAUUAAUAACGACUCAAAACUGUUUGAUAAAACUACAGGACUUGAUUACUUCAUGCAAACUUUUUGGGGAUAUUUAAUGAAGAAAUAUGCAUAUGCAAUGAAAAAUCCAUGGAGUUUUAUUCUUCGUCUCAUUCUUCCUUGUCUCAUAACAGCAUCAAUGUUGUUAUAUUUACUGGAAUCAUCUGAACCAAUUGACACGACAAAUUUGUCUCUAAAUAAUCAAUCAAUUUUAUUUUACAAAAAAUGGAAAGACACUGAAGAUAAAUUAAUAUCAAAUGAACAUAUUACAAAAAGAAUAUCUGACAAAGAAAUGAUUCCACUUGGUGAACGAACAACUGGCAUCAAGCUACUCCAAGACAUGACUGGAGCUUCAAAAAUUUUAUACUGGGCAACUAUGUUUAUUGUUGAUUUUGUUCAUUAUACAAUUACCAUUUUAUUACUAUUGACAUCAUUAAUAUUAGUUGAUAAUAUUUUAAAUACACAAUUGUAUAAUUUCGAAAAUAUUCCAGUUCUUCUGUUACUCUUCUUGGCAUUUGGAAUAACUGGUUUACCAUCAGUUUACGUUGUAAUAUUGCCUUUGGGUAUCUCUCUGCUUUGUGAAAUUUUUUAUGGUUUACUAUACAAAGAAUACCAAGAUAAGAACCAACCUGUACCAAGUGUUUUAAUACUAGCUAAUAUAUUUUUACUAAUUCCACAAGUUAAUUUUUGCUAUUCAAUUAUUCAUUUUCAUUGGAUCAUUUACAACAAUGCAAUCUAUCUUAUUAAUCCAAAUGAUCGAAUUAUAGAACCAUAUUGGAGCUUUAAAAAAUAUGGACAACUAUUGUCACUGCCAUAUUGUUUAAUUAUCUUUGUAAUAUCAUUGAUAAUAUUUAUUGCUAUUAUGAUCAUUGUCGAGCAAAAAUUAAUAACAAAAAUUAUCAGAAAAAUUAGAAAGAAUAAUUUGAGCAUAAGUACAAUUGAAACUGAUGAAUUGGUACAAAAAGAAACAGCUAUUGUGAGUGAAAGAAUUGAAAAACAUCUUACUAAAAUAGCUGAUGAUGAUGAAGAUAAUGAAAAUGUUUUCUUGGCUCAUGAAUUGAAAAAAAAUUAUGGUAAUUUACAAGCUGUUAAAGGAAUUAGUUUUCGUGUAAAGACAAGAGAAUGUUUUGGUCUUCUUGGAGUAAAUGGUGCUGGUAAAAGUACAACUUUUAAAAUGUUAACUGGUGAAGAAAGUCCUCAUCAUGGUAUGAUGUACCUAAAACAAACUGGUAUGCAUGAAAAUCAUCGAAAAUAUUUAUCUCAAAUGGGAUAUUGUCCACAGCAUGAUGCUCUUAUAGAGCCAUUAAAUGCCUGGGAUCAUUUGUAUUUAUUUGCAAGACUAAGAGGAAUCCCAGAGUCACAAAUAAAAUUAUCAGUUGAAGGAUGGAUAAAACAAUUAAAUUUAGGUGCUUGUGCUUCACGUCCAAGUCAUACAUACAGUGGUGGAAAUAAGAGAAGAUUAAAUAUUGCUUUGGCAUUGAUUGGUAGGCCGUCAUUGAUAUUGAUGGAUGAACCAACAACUGGAGUUGAUCCAGCAGCAAGAAGAUCACUCUGGAGAACUUUAAAUUAUUGUCAAAAUUCUGGCCAGUCAAUGAUUCUUACUUCUCACAGUAUGGAAGAAUGUGAAAUUCUCUGUAAUCGAUUGGUCAUCAUGGUGAAUGGAAAGCUAGUUUGUGUUGGUGCAGUUCAAGAAUUAAAACAACGUUUUGGUGCUGGUUAUAAUAUUCAUAUUAAAAUAUCACAUGUUUCAACAGCUGAAGAUGUGCAACAAAUUAAAUUCACCAUUGAGUCAACUAUCAUUUGUCAAAAAAUGGAUGAAAAUAGUGGUUUUCUUGGGUAUCAUGUUACUGAUCCUUGUGCAACCUGGACAGUGAUGUAUGGUAUGAUGAAUACAUUGAAAAAUAAUUAUAAAUGUAUUGAAGAUUUUACAGUACUUUCAUCAACACUUGAGCAACUUUUCAUCCAGUUUGCUAGAGCUGAGAAUCAUCAUCAUGAAAAUCUUCCUUAA